UGGGCGGCCUCGCGGUGCCUAGGCUUGGGCGGCCCGCCUGGGUCGCUCAGUCGCGCGGAGCCCGGCCAGGGAGCGCAGGCGGCGGCAGGAUGAACAGCAUCAAGAACGUGCCGGCGCGGGUGCUGAACCGCAGGCCUGGCCACAGCCUGGAGGCCGAGCGCGAGCAGUUCGACAAGACCCAGGCCAUCAGCAUCAGCAAAGCCAUCAACACCCAGGAGGCCCCCGUGAAGGAGAAGCAUGCCCGGCGCAUCAUCCUGGGCACUCACCACGAGAAGGGGGCCUUCACCUUCUGGUCCUACGCCAUUGGGCUCCCGCUGCCCAGCAGUGCCAUCCUCAGCUGGAAGUUCUGCCACGUGCUCCACAAGGUCCUCCGGGAUGGGCACCCCAAUGCAGGUGCUACACGACUGCCAGCGGUACCGGAGCAACAUUCGGGAGGUCGGAGACCUGUGGCCUUGGCUUCCUUGCUGGGCCCAAGGGGUUCCCGGGCACGUCCUCACCCCGGGCUUUCUCCGCAGGGUCACUUGCACGACCGAUACGGGCAGCUGGUGAAUAUUUACACCAAACUCUUGCUGACCAAGAUCUCCUUUCACCUCAAGCACCCGCAGUUUCCUGCGGGCCUGGAGGUGACAGACGAGGUGCUGGAGAAGGCGGCUGGGACCGAUGUCAACAACAUCUUCCAGCUCACCGUGGAGAUGUUCGAUUACAUGGACUGCGAGCUGAAGCUCUCUGAAUCAGUUUUCCGGCAGCUCAACACGGCCAUCGCUGUGUCCCAGAUGUCCUCAGGCCAGUGCCGCCUGGCCCCCCUCAUCCAGGUCAUCCAGGACUGCAGCCACCUCUACCACUACACGGUCAAGCUUAUGUUCAAGCUGCACUCCUGUCUCCCAGCGGACACCCUGCAAGGUCACAGGGACCGGUUCCACGAACAGUUUCACAGCCUCAGGAACUUCUUCCGCAGAGCCUCGGACAUGCUCUACUUCAAGCGGCUCAUCCAGAUCCCCCGGCUGCCCGAGGGACCCCCCAACUUCCUGCGGGCCUCGGCGCUGGCCGAGCACAUCAAGCCGGUGGUGGUGAUCCCCGAGGAGGCCCCCGAGGACGAGGAACCCGAGAACCUCAUUGAGAUCAGCACGGGGCCCCCCGCGGGGGAACCAGCGGUGGUGGCGGACCUCUUCGAGCAGACCUUUGGACCCCCCAAUGGCUCUGUGAAGGACGACAGGGACCUCCAGAUCGAGGCCUUGAAGCGGGAGGUGGAGAUGCUCCGCAGCGAGCUGGACAAGAUCAAGCUAGAGGCCCAGCGGUUCAUCUCGCAGCUGAAGGGCCAGGUGAACGCGCUGGAGGCAGAGCUGGAGGAGCAGCGGAAGCAGAAGCAGAAGGCCCUGGUGGACAACGAGCAGCUCCGCCAUGAGCUGGCCCAGCUGCGCGCCGCCCAAGUGGAGGGCGAGCGGAACCAGGGGCUGCGCGAGGAGGCCGAGAAGAAGGCCAGCGCUACAGAGGCACGCUACAACAAGCUGAAGGAAAAGCACAGCGAGCUUGUCAACACGCACGCCGAGCUGCUCAGGAAGAACGCGGACACGGCCAAGCAGCUGACCGUGACGCAGCAGAGCCAGGAGGAGGUGGCGCGGGUGAAGGAGCAGCUGGCCUUCCAGGUGGAGCAGGUGAAGCGGGAGUCAGAGAUGAAGCUGGAGGAGCAGAGUGACCAGCUGGAGAAGCUCAAGAGGGAGCUGGAGGCCAAGGCGGGAGAGCUGGUGCGCGUGCAGGAGGUGCUGAGCCGCACGGAGCAGAGUGGGUCGGAACUGAGCUCCAGGCUGGAUGCGCUGAGUGUGGACAGGGACGAGCUGAGCAGGGUCGUGCAGCAGCGCGAGGCUGACCUGCUGGCAGCCCAGAGCCUGGCUCGGGAGAAGGAGGAGGCGCUGAACCAGGAGCGGCAGCGCGUCUCCCGGGAGAGGGACGAGCUGCAGGGGCGGCUGGCGGACAAGGAGUCUCAGGAGCAGGGGCUGCAGCAGAGGCUGCUGGACGAGCAGUUCGCGAUGCUCCGGGCUACUGCCGCGGAGGCUGAACGCAUCCUGCAGGAUGCGGUGGGCAAGCUGGACGACCCCCUGCACCUGCGCUGCACCAGCUCCCCAGACUACCUAGUGAGCAGGGCCCAGGCCGCCCUGGACGCGGUGAGCGCCCUGGAGAAGGGCCACGCCCAGUACCUGACCUCCAGAGCAGACGCCUCCGGCCUCGUGGCGGCCCUGACCCGGUUCUCGCACCUGACUGCGGACACCAUCGUCCAUGGCAGCGCCACCUCCCACCUGGCCCCCACCGACCCUGCUGACCGCCUGAUCGACACUUGCAGGGAGUGUGGGGCCCGGGCGCUGGAGCUCAUGGGGCAGCUGCAGGAACAGCAGGCCCUGCUGCAGGCCCGGCCUGGCCUGGUGCGGACCCCCCUGCAGGGCAUCCUCCAGCUGGGCCAGGAGCUGAAGCCCAAGAGCCUGGACGUGCGUCAGGAGGAGCUCGGGGCUAUGGUGGACAAGGAGAUGGCAGCCACAUCUGCGGCCAUCGAAGAUGCCGUGCGGAGGAUUGAGGACAUGAUGAACCAGGCCCGCCAUGCCAGCUCUGGGGUGAAGCUGGAAGUGAACGAGAGGAUCCUCAACUCCUGCACGGAUUUGAUGAAGGCCAUCCGGCUCCUGGUGACAACAUCCACCAGCCUGCAAAAGGAGAUCGUGGAGAGUGGCAGGGGGGCAGCCACGCAGCAGGAAUUUUAUGCCAAGAACUCGAGGUGGACGGAAGGCCUGAUCUCUGCCUCCAAGGCGGUGGGCUGGGGAGCCACCCAACUGGUGGAGUCGGCAGACAAGGUGGUGCUGCACAUGGGCAAGUACGAGGAGCUCAUCGUCUGCUCGCAUGAGAUCGCGGCCAGCACGGCCCAGCUGGUGGCGGCCUCCAAGGUGAAGGCCGACAAGCACAGCCCCCACCUGAGUCGCCUGCAGGAGUGCUCGCGCACUGUCAACGAGAUGGCCGCCAACGUGGUGGCCUCCACCAAGUCGGGCCAGGAGCAGGUCGAAGACAGAGACACCAUGGACUUCUCCGGCCUCUCCCUCAUCAAGCUGAAGAAGCAGGAGAUGGAGACCCAGGUGCGGGCCCUGGAGCUGGAGAAGACGCUGGAGGUGGAACGUGUGCGCCUCGGGGAGCUGCGGAGGCAGCACUACCUGCUGGCCGGGGCCGUGGGGGCACCUGGCGAGGAGGAGCCCAGCCAGCCCAGCGCUGCCCCCCGCAGCGGGACCAAGAAGCCGCCCCUGGCCCAGAAACCCACUGUGGCCCCAAGGCAGGACCACCAGCUCGAGAAGAAGGAUGGCAGCUACGCAGCUCAAGUCGUGAACUAAGCCCCCUGCAAGGGGUCCGGCAGGGAGGCUGACGGGAGACCUGGGCCUCAUGGCUGAGGCGCCUCCGAGAGGCCCGGCCGCCCCCCAGGGGCCCAAGCCCCUGGCCCCCAGCCCUCACUGAGGGCUGACCACACGCCCAGGACUGACUGAGGCUGUCCUCCUGGACAAGAGCCUGUUUAUCUGCAACAGGGACCGCUGAGAGCAGCUAGGCCCUGGCGGCCUGAGCCACAGCUCUUCGGGAAAUACACAGAGCGUUUUGAGUAUUUUGAGCUAGACCUUUUGUGAGUUUGUGUUCCGCACACCGGAAGGCAGGGCCACUCCCUGCCCUCUGGACCUGCGGUCUGAGGUUAGCGAUGAAGGGCACAGUCUGUGCUGGCUGCUGGGGACGGGUGAGAGGUCACUUGUUUGUAGCCCUCUUGGGGCGUGGGCUCCAGGGAGACAUGACUGGUGUGGCCCCAGGCAAAGCAGGAUGGGGUCUCGCCCCUUUCUCCCUGGGCCUCGCCCUAGGGCGUCACUGACGCCUAGGGUGCGCCGAGCACAGGGAGGUGACCUUGACCUGGGAGAGGCGGGCCCCGCGCCCACCGGGCACAGGUGCUGCCACCCCCCCGGAGUCUGCGGUGACCCUCCUCCUUCCUGUUCUUCACUCCCCGGAUCUGCCAGCCCUGCCCGGGAGCCCUCACCCCUUGCCCACCGCCUUCCUCCCUCUGCCGCCCCCACCCCUGGGAGGCUUCCAACCACACAAGGCCCAGAAGCCAGGAGCUGCCUGCCCACUCUGCAGAUCAAAAGUACCUCCUGCUCCCCGGGAAGGGGCGCGUUUGGAUGAGCGUGCUCCCCUGCCGCCCCCCUCCUCCGGGGAAAGGGGGAGACCCCGGGUCUUUGCGUGUAGUUAUUUCCUUGUGUUGAAGGGUCCUACUGGCAAUAAAACGCACUGACUGUUGUCA